UGUCUCAAAACUGUCCAAAAGUGGGUGGCUUAUUCUGUUGACGUGCGGGAAAGUAUGGGAACGGAUUUCCCCUCUAACUCGCUGUUCUCUGAUAGUAGGCUGUUUGACCUCAAAUGAGACGUCGCUUCUAAACGAACAAAAAUGUGUGUUCGCACAACGGUCUCCAUUUCUUAUGUAAUCCUGAUUGGAUGGACCUGGUCAUUAACUGUCCUUUACGUUUCGGCAGUGUUGUGCACAUGCAAUAACAAAAGCUUAUGUGAGAAACAGUGCAGCGCCACUGAAGCAAAUAAAUUGAAAUGCUCACCGAGGGUUCUGGGGGAGUCAACAGUCAUGGACUACACCUGCCAGUGGAAUGUUGAGGGAUACAGCGAAUAUGUUUUCUUAAUAGAGCAGAGGUCAUGUAUGGAAAAAAAAAAGUCAGAUUCAUUUUCUCUGAGACCUAAAAGAAAUGUGACUAUAUAUGCCAUAGCUGAGAGUGAUGAUCACAAAAGAUGCAUCAUCACAAAGUUCAGCAGUUCUCCUGAACUAAUGAUACAUUGUGAGCCACCUAAAAAUGUGCAUUUUCAGCGAAGUUCUGGCCAAAUGAGGGUUACAGCUGAGUGGGAUAACAAAGUUAGUCAUUUAGAGCGCUAUUCUCUGAAAUACAAGGAGACCAACACCACAAAGUGGAAAGUGGUGCAGUUGCAGAACAGCAAGGACUAUGUUGUGUGGAAUCUUACUUCCUCUGUGUCCUAUGAGAUGCAACUACAGUGUCUCACUAGAGAAUGUCCUCACUGUCCCCCGGGUGAGGUCAUCAGAGUUCCACAAGAAUUGUUAGGCACACCAGACAUAAAAGAAGUCCCAGGUCAGUCUCAUUUCAUCCAUUCUGGACAGAGGAUAGUAAUCAUAACGUGGGAGUAUGUGGACAGGGAGGCAGUGGAAAGUUAUAAUGUAACAAUUCAGAAGGCAUCUGGAGAACCUGCCGUAAUAAGCAGUUACUUUCUCCAAUCUCCCACCGUCACUCUGGUUCUAUGCUACUCUGCUUACAACAUCAGCAUCAGUGCCUUCAACAAAGCUGGCUCUUCACCUGCUGCACACGUACUUGUAGACGACAUGGAAGAUAAAAGUGACUGGGGUGUAGCGUUUAAUGUUACCAUGAACAGCAAUGACAGCUUCAACCUUUCAUGGAACAGCUCGCUGUCAGAAAAGUAUCACUGCUAUUUGGUAGAAUGGUGGGAGAUGGGAGAAAAACCCAAAUACAUGUCCUUCUAUCAGAAGAAGAGCUACCAUGAAGUCAGAACUGAGAAUGCAUUAUUUCAGCCAUAUAAGAGAUACCACUUUUUGCUGCAUGUCAGGCCAUAUAAAGACACCUGCAACCUGAAGGACGCCAACAACAGUGAGCACACCUAUGGCAGGACCCAGGCCUACCUCUUGGAAGGAACACCGUCUGCUGCUCCUGGGAAUGUCAGCAUCUAUAACAUUACCCACAGUUCCUUUGUGAUUACAUGGAAUCCAGUGUCUGAGGUGGACCUGCGUGGUUUCUUGCAAGGCUACAUUAUUCGAUACAUCAAUGUGCCUGACCAGAGUGGAAAACAUGUCACAGUGGAACCCAGUGUGAGCAGCUACAAGUUGCUGAAUCUGAAAAGCAGAACUAUGUACAGUGUGCAGCUAUCUGCAUACACAGCUGCAGGAGAGGGUCUAAGCAAUGAGCCUUUGCACAUCGACACAAAGCCCCUGGAUUCUAUGUCUAUGGAUGGAAUGUUGGCAGGAGUCAUUGGGGGGAUAAUCACUUUAUUACUGGCUGUUCAUUUCUGUUGUCGAUUUCUGCAGAGAUCCAAGAACUGGUUAUGGCCAAGUGUACCAAAUCCUUGUAAAAGCAAUGCUGUGCAGAAAAUUGAUGGAGGGCAGGAACUGGAGAUGCUGGAGCCCCUACACUGGCAGAAUCUUGAGGGGACUGAGACGAGUGUGUGUGUAGUGGAGGGGACUGAGGCGAGUCUGUGUGUAGCAGAUAGGACUGAGGCGAGUCUGUGUGUAGCAGAUAGGACUGAGGCGAGUCUGUGUGUAGCAGAUAGGACUGAGGCGAGUCUGUGUGUAGCAGAUAGGACUGAGGCGAGUCUGUGUGUAGCAGAUAGGACUGAGGCGAGUCUGUGUGUAGUGGAGUUCAAGGAAUGUCCGGCCACCUGUCCUUCCCUCACUCCUCGGGACUUUUUGAAGGCUACUCUUAUCCCGGUCAUAGUUACUGAGAGCACUGAUGACACCCUCAUAGGUGAACCCACCGAGCCACAUGCAGCGUCAACCAUCACAGACUCCACAGCUAAUGAGGUCUUUCCCAUAGAUGGUAACACAGAAGGUUCUGCACUGACCCCUCCCACUGAUGCCAUUAACACGAUGAACACCUCAAAUACAAGAGGAACAGAUGAUGUCUUAACAGUGAAGCCCAAUGUACCCAUUGUGAGUGACUACACUACCAUGGAGCUAUUCCAGCAGAUUUCCAGAAUUGCAGUUCAGAGCACUGUCAAUAAAAUAGGCUGCUCAGAGACAGCUCCUUCAAAUCCGGAGGACUACAUGCACCAGGCACUCACUUACACAGAGGACCUGCAACAAUGAAAGGAGCUUCUGACA